AUGGUGAACGUCUUCCGGCGUCUAACCGGACGAGCGCCAAGCUCCAAUCCAAACACAACCCAAGAUGACCAGCAAUCUACAGCAGCAAAUAUUACUGGAUCAAGACCAAGAUCAGGCUCCCUUCCAGCUCAUUCCUCUUCUCACGGCCACAUACGUCGCUCGCUAAGCGUGAGCUCGAAUAAACGUCUCCGCCGCGCACCGGCCGAGGAACCCUCGCCCAGACACUUGAUUUUGAUAUCCGAUACCCCCGAGAUUGACGAGCGCAUUCUUCAUCGGUAUCAAGCUGAGGGAUUCGAUGUUUCGUAUCUGCCAUUCUUGUGCAGUGGGGAUCCGGAACGUGAUCGGAAACAUUUGGAUAAUGCGGUUCAUUUGAGGGAGGAUGAACUCGAGGCUGGGGAGAGGUAUGCUAUUGUUGCAUAUAACAGACCAGCAUACUACCUCCUCGCCUCCCACCACCUCGUCGCAAGCAAUACAAAUCCCUUCCCCCGCCUGGUCGCUUUAAUAGCCUACUACCCAUUAACAUCCACCGCGGCUCUCCCACACCACCCAUACAAUACAGAGGAUUGUGUCCCCGCUUGCUGUGAUACAUCGUCUAUUUUUGACCCGGGUCCGACAACAACAUACCUCCCCAUCCAAAUCCAUAUUCCCGGACCCAAAACAGACCCGGAGACAUUGUGGCCGUGGAUUACGAUUUCUUCAUCCGAGGGCGAUGUCACGUAUAAGAAGCGGCAUCGCUGCUACGUUUAUACGUACCCGGAUGCAGGGUUUCGAUUUGUGGAGCGCGAAUUCGCGACUGCGAGGAAGACGGGUGAUUCUGGAUCUGGGUCCAAUGCUGUUAUCAAGGGCCAUAAUGUUACGGAGGAGGAUACGGUUUGUGAAGGUUUGGCGUGGAGUCGGGCGUUGGCUUGUUUGAGGCGCGCUUUUGAGGUUGGGGGCAAUUGGGCUGUUGUUGAUAUUGAGACGGUUUGGGAGAGGUAUUGGGCGCUUUUGUUGGAGGAGAUGGGGAGGAAAGAGGGGCGUGUCAGUGAUGGUGGGUGUUCUGCGGAUGCGCUGAGUGAGGCGAUUUUGGAGUUGAUUUCUGCUGGGGAUGCGGAGGGUCAUGAGGGUGAGGCUGGUGUGGAGUGUAUUCCUACGAAGGCUGGUGGAUCCGGGGUGAAUUCUUUGAGGUCUUUCUUUUCGCAUGCCUUUCUUCCUGCUGGUCCAGUCAACCAACAUCUUCGUCUGUUGUCGCGGACUGUCGGUGCAGAUCGCAUUGUGGAUGAAAUAUCUUUUUCUUUCUCGCAUACAGCAGAAUUACCGUGGCUACUGCCUGGUGUCCAGCCUACGAAUCGCGAUAUUAAGGUGACAAUCGUUGUUGUGGCAAGCUUUUGCGCGGAUAAGAUUGUUCACCAAAGCUUGUAUUGGGACCAGGCGGACGUGCUGGUGCAAGCCGGGAUACUAGAUCCAACACUAGUACCGCAGAGUAGGUAA